GUCAUGGGUAGCUUUUAAAUAUUUUGCAACGUUCGGAGAGUUUUAUUACGACAACAAGCAGUUUCUGGAUAGUAAUUAAUCGUUAUUUUGACAUUGUUUUGAAUAGUCCGUCACCAUGCACUGCGGACUCAUGAUCGGGCUAUCACUGCUAGCUGGCGCCACAGAUGCACUGAAUCAUGUCGUUUUGGCGUCAAACAGUGCACAAUCUAACAGCGUAUUUCCGGUUUCCAUUUUGGUUGUCAACACGACGUCCGAUGUGCAAGUUAACAUGACGCUUACUGGUUAUCAUUUUUGGUCAUAUGUGAAUGCCAGUCCCAGUGAUCUGUAUGGUCGCCCGGGUUUUAAUGAUGGAAGCAGCUUUACAACAACAGCCAUAAUCCAAGCCAACAUCCUUACCCGGGUUGACAUAAAAAGGUUCCAAGAUUUGACGUCAAAAUUGUUACCAACAAAACCAACAUCAUCCCCUCGGUCGAGGAUGAAAUGCUGUUUCAGCUCACAGCAAACUUCCAAUCUGGAGAAGGUGUCCAAGGGGUCUUUGACAUUGCUGUUACCUUUAUCCGAUGGAUUGGUGCUAGUCCGGGUGGUUGGGGAACAAUCGAGACGACACUACUGCGCAAGUCGAUAUCAACGAGUGGCCGCGGAGCAGUAACUGUGUCUGUUCCGCUCAAAGAAGAGAUAAAGAACCCACUGACAUAUUACCAUAAUGCCGUGACAAUUCAAGCCAAUUUUACUGAAGCGGCUACCGGCUUGAAAAGAAACGCCACGCCGGCUGUUAUCACCGUAGAAACGGGGCCGCAUCGCAUUAAGUUUACGUCCGACACCGCAACGUUUAGGCCCGGAUAUCCGUAUCAACUGAAGGCUUCCAUCAGCGAUUGUAACGGACGCCUACCGGUUGCAGCCGGCCGAACAGCACAGAUUAUUGUAACGUCCGCUAACGUCUCGGCUGGUCAGGGGCAGAUUGUUUCGCCCACCGGCGAUGUGGCCUGCGUGGGGCAACCACCUCCGCGUCCCUACGAUUUUGAGUAUCAUCCAAGCUCCUCGCGUUGGAGCCAGUAUGGAGCUGUGUUUGGUCGCCAGCGUGCAAGGUUCCCUUACGACGGUUUUGGGAUUAAUGGAGGAGGCUUUCAGAGCGGUGCGAAAGGAGAUGGCCGAAAGAAGCGCUCGGUGGGCCCGUUCGUGGAAUACAGUAAAGACAGCUGUCACAACCUCCCAUUUACAACGUCGGCACAGGUCGCGGCUGAUGGGACGCUAAGUGUUACUAUACCGACACUGAGGACUGCUGAUGCUAUGAACAUUCUGGUUUCUUACGAUUCCCAGCCGGCGCGAAAUCUGAUGGUCUACGCGAAGCAGUCCGCCAGCGGGAGCUUCUUGGAAAUUAGUGCGGUUUCUGACGAUCUUUACGCCGGUGAUGUGGCAGGCUUUACUAUUGACACAACGACGCGGCUGAACGAAACCAUUCACAUAGUGGUAAUGUCUAGCUCGAAUUCGAGUUUCCUGUGGAGUGAUUCGAUAUCCACGCCUGGUCAGCGGCUUACUGUCUCGGUGCCGUUGACGGAUUCGAUCGGUCCAACGGGUCGUCUUAUUGCGUAUUACGUCAGAGAGGACGGGGAACUCGUAGGCAAUAUCCUGCUACUGCAAAUCGUAGCUGACCCUUCAUCAAGAAACGUUGCGCUGUCCGUUACAACCAAGAACGGCUCGUCAAUCGCUCAACCAGGCGACAUGAUUCUUGUGAAAGCGAAGACUGCUCCAUGGUCUACGGUCGUUUUCUUGGCCAUGGAAGAAAGACGGCCGCUGCUCAAACCAGACAACGAUAUAACUCCUGCGAUUAUCGAAAAAACUGGAAAAGUAUCGGAUGGGAGGCCUGUGUAUCGGCUGUCAAUGGCAGAUUACCUUACAAAACCAAUUGAUUCCGGCCCAGUACAGCACUAUCUUCUGACUAACACCAAGAGUUCCUCAACCAAACCGGAAAUUGCUACGAUGGUCAGGCCGUAUAUAGAUUCAGCUGACUGUUCAUGUCCCAUGGCAGAUCAUGGUUACGGGUUUAUUUAUAACAAAGCUCACGGAUCGCCGCCCUGCCGGCGGUACUGUGCGGCUUAUUCUCCAUAUUCUUUCGAGAAAACCGAUGAUGAUGGAGAGGACGCCGCAGCAUUCUCCGAUAUCUCCACAUGGUCGCCGCCACACAUGACGCAAGAGCAGUUAACACGGAGCUUCCUGUAUGACACUGCUCUGGCAGAAACGUGAUCCUGGGACCGUAUAAGCACGUAAGUAUGCCCGACGUUGGUGUUUUGCCUUAACGCGAGGAUUCCUGCGAUUCGGUCAUUUUGCGGCAACUCGUAUGACGCUGUGUCAUGUAUUGAACUAACGGCAUAAUCUUUUAUUAUGUCCGCUCGGGACAGCAGCAAACAACCAACUAAACAUUAGACAUGGCAACAAUAACGGACAACAACAAUACCGUUGCUACGGCACAUUAGCCAUAGCCCAUAGGCCAUUAUCCAUUU